UGAGGGGCCGCGGGCGGACAAGGCGCACCUGAGCCCCCCCCAUCCGGCCGCAGAAAUGAGUGGUGGAUUGGCACCAAGUAAAAGCACCGUGUAUGUUUCCAACUUGCCCUUCUCACUGACAAACAAUGACUUAUAUAGGAUAUUCUCCAAGUACGGAAAAGUUGUGAAGGUUACCAUUAUGAAAGACAAAGAUACAAGGAAAAGUAAAGGGGUCGCAUUUAUUUUGUUUUUGGAUAAAGAGUCAGCACAAAACUGCUCCAGAACCUUGAACAAUAAACAGUUGUUCGGCCGAGUAAUAAAAGCCAGCAUCGCUAUCGAUAACGGAAGAGCUGCAGAGUUCAUUCGAAGACGUAAUUACUUUGAUAAAUCCAAGUGUUAUGAAUGUGGGGAAACAGGGCACUUGAGUUAUGCUUGUCCUAAAAAUAUGCUCGGAGAACGCGAACCACCCAAAAAGAGAGAUAAAAAGAAAAAAAAGAAAAUAGUUGAGCCAGAGGAAGAAAUUGAAGAAGUGGAAGAAAGCGAAGACGAGGGAGAAGACCCUACUCUUGAUAGCCUCAGCCAGGCCAUAGCUUUUCAGCAAGCUAAAGUGGAGGAAGAGCAGCAGCACUGGAAACCUACUUCAGGAGAACCUUCAACGUCGGAUGACUCUAGGCGGCCGCGGAUAAAGAAAAGUGCAUAUUUCAGCGAUGAGGAAGAACUCAGUGAUUGAAGCUGGUAUGUCUCGUGUAUCUUUUUGGAAAUACAGUGAGACUUUUCAUUGGCACUUCAAACUGCCACGGGAACCCGAAGAGUGGAACAGAAAAGUGUAGGUAAUGUUAAAAGAAGUAAGAAUGUUAAGUGUGAAGAGAAAUUUCACGACAGCUCUAUUGACCGCAAAUGAAAUUCAUUUGUAUUCAAUGUCUACUGUGUGCUGAGCACUGUACUAGACACUUGGAGGGUAAAAUAAGUAUAGAAGACACAGACUACCCUUGAGGAGUUUACAUUCUGAAAGGGUUCAUUGAGCUGCAGAGUUCAGAAAUGCACUUUUAAAGUUGAUUACAUUGGAGAAACAGAUGUUUCGUAGACUUCCGAUAUGUUGAAUAACUACGUUAUUUGGAAACAUGCUCUUUGUUCAGAUUGCCUGGAGAUCUUUGUUUUUAAAGAUCAAUGAACAUUUUUUGGUUCUGAAGUGUAAUUUGUAUUUUUAAGUGAUUUUUAUUUUAAUAAAUACUUGAAAAUUAGCUCUGCCCAA